AUGAUAAUAUCAUCAAAAGAAAAUGAUGAUGAAAAAAUCAUAUUAAAUCAAAAUUUAAGUGGUGAUGAAUCAUUUACCGAACAAAUACCACCACCAUCACCACCACAUUCACAUUAUUCAUCAAGUCUAUAUCAAAGUCAAUUAACACAAAAUAAUGAAAUAGCAGCAUUAACAAAUGGUCAGACAUUUGGUUCAAAACAUCAAGCAACUAUUGCAUCAAAAUAUUAUGCACGUCAUCGACAUAUACUUAAAACAAAUACAUCAAGUAGUGAAAUAAGUUUACAACAAAAUGAAUCAAUUCCUCAUUCAACAUUAAAUGCUAUUCAACAAGAAUCUCCUACAUAUAUUGAUAAGCAACAAAUACAAUCGAAUCCACAUUAUGCAACCUCACCUAAAAAUUUAAUUCAUAGUCCAAAAAUGUCUCCUUUAAUUCAAAAUGGCAAUACACGAUAUAAUUUACCAUCUGUUGCAUCUCCUCGUACAUUCAUUCGUCCAUCUACAUUAUCUCUUUCACCUCGUCCACAAUUAUCUCCAUCACAAGCAAUUAUUCGUCCAUUACCAAUUAUACGUCUUUCGUCUCCAAAUAUUAAUAAAAUAUAUUCAAAUCCUUCAUCAACAAUGACAACACCAACAACAACAACAUCAAAUGGUCGAAUAAGUCCAGUAGCUGAACAAAAUAGUGGUGGUCGUAAUUCCUAUCGUGUUAUGCCAUCACCAUCAACUGAAGAACGUCAAGCAACUUAUGUUUAUUUAAAUAAAAAUUCUCAUUUAAUUCAACAAGAAUCUUCAACAAAAGAAAAACCAUCUAUUUGGAAAAAACCAGUUAAUGGUCAUCUUCCACAUGUUGCAUAUAUUGAUGAAGAUGAUGAAGGUAGUGUUUCACUUAAAUCAUCUACAUGUGAUACAGCAACAUCAUCAAAUACAACAUCACCUAUAAUAUCACGAAAAGAUCGUUCACGAACAUUAUCAUCAUCAUCAUCAUCUUCAUCAUCAUCAUCAACAUAUUCUCAUGAUUAUCCAAAUGGUCCUAUUGAUACAAAUCAGAUAAUACUUCAUGAAAGUAGUGUGUAA